AUGGGCAGCUCAAACAGCGAAGUCGAGACUGUUGAUGUAGCUAUUGUUGGCGACGCCAAACCUCAAAGUCUAGAUCUUGGACGUGCAGACGCGUUGAACGCGCGAACUCAGCAGUAUUUGACCGUUGUUGGCAUUCUGGAUGAACUCCUGCCACAGGGUUUAAAGUGCAACACGAGCUCGACUUUCGGCGAUGGGGACUUCAUUUCUCGUCAGAACCAGUGGUGGGUGAGCCUUGAGCACACCUUUCACAAGAACUUUCUCAUGAUUGGCCAACCGGUCGUCGAGAAGAUGUUGAGCACCCGUCUGGAUGGUUUCGUCCAUUAUGGCGAACAGGUAGAAUCUCUGACUGAGACCAAUGAAUUCGUCGAAGUGGUGACGAAAAGUGGCCGGAUAAUCAGAUCCCAAUAUGCCCUGGGAUCAGAUGGAGCCAAGUCGACGGUACGAGCAGCCAUCGGGGCGACGUUUACUGGAAGCAAACCGGAGAUGCUAUGGUCGGUGCUGGACACCUUCAUCGAUACAGACUUCCCCACAUGCCCAGAAAUCAUCACAUUCCAGCUGAACGGCCAGUCCAGAGUGUCCUGGAUCCCGAGAGAGAGAGGGCUGUGCCGUUUCUACGUGCUUCUUGAAGGAGAAGUGACGCAGGAGCGUGCUGAAGAGUCCAUCAAGAAGCACUUGGCCCCAUAUCGGACCGACUUUGUCAAGACUGAAUGGUAUAGCACUUUUGAUGUCAAGGAAAGGAUCGCGUCUUCUUUCAUCUCCAAGGAUGGCGCGGGCCGUGUCUUCUUGGCUGGAGAUGCAGCCCACGUCCACUCGGUCAACGGGGGUCAAGGGCUAAACACAGGCAUUGCCGAUGCAUUCAGUCUUGCCUGGCGUCUGACCCUUGUCCUCAAAAGUUCGCGUCUGCAGGAGGGCGCUGCAGGAAAGAUUCUCCGGAGUUAUGAUAUUGAGCGCAGACAAACUGCGCAGGGGGUCAUUGACGUUGCCGCGGCGUUGGUCCGGGACACUGUUCACACUGCCAAGCAAUAUGUCGGUACCAUCGAACGCAACGCGGGGUAUAUCACAGGAAUGGGCGUUGCGUACGACACCAUGGGAUCGCCAAUUGUGGAAGAGUCUGAGUACGGAAUCUGGAAGGCUGGCAGGAGAUGCCCUGAUGUUGUUCUGUCCAAGCCCGACAGCGAUGGCGACAUUUGGCUAUACUCUCAGGUUACAUAUGGCAAGUAUCUGAUCUUGGCCAUUGGCGACCAUCCUGAACAGGCUCUUGCCCACGAGGAUGUUGCCGUACUGUUCAACAUUCUCCCUUCAUCGGCGACCGCCGAUAGCGUGGUCACGUCAAAAGUGAGGACCUUUACCGCGGACUGGGCCGGAGCAGACGAAUCCUACGCGGUGGUAGUUCGUCCUGAUAUGUACAUUGGAUACGUGGGGGCGGAUAUCGAAAGCUGCCAGCGAUACCUGGAUAGGCUCUUCAUCCGAUGA